CAAAAUUUCAAGUGUCACUUUUGUUUACAAAAUAAAUCAUCAUAAUAAUACAAUUUAAUUAUUUUAAACUUAUUUAUUUUAUAAAAAAUAAUAAUAAAAAUGUCGGCUUCACUUGAUUCUUCUUUGGACCCUAUGGAAGAGAUACGGUUUCGUAAAAAACAUGGAGCUAUGUGGAUGGAAAUACAAAAGGACACACAUUUUUCAUUCGAUGAACUUGAGCAAAUCAUGGUGAUUUUUUUUAAGAUUCAAAAACGUGAUGAAAAGCCCGCUGCUUCUGAUUUGAUAUCCAGAUCCCAUUUUAGAGAUGUAUUACAUACCGGCCUAGGUAUGACAGAUGCCUAUAUGAUGGAAAGGGUAAUGGUGGCUUUGGAUAGAGGAACCUCCCCUUACGUGACCAUGGCAACAUUUGCUAAAGCACUGUCCUUGUAUCUGAGAGGUGAUUUGGAGGAACGUAUAUCGUACGCAUUUACUUGCUAUGAUUUACUGAGCGAAGGACAUUUGAGAAGAGAAACAAUGUAUCAGUUGAUGAAAAAGAGCUUAGCAAAGGCAUCCAGAGAUGACGAUGUUGAAGAAGCUGUUAAGGAACUAGUUGAUAUAAUGCUGAAGCGGAUGGACGCAGAUCUCGACGGAGUCAUCAACUUUGAAGACUUUCACAAGUCAGUUACAAAAACGCCAUCCCUUCUAGAAAGUCUUGGAUAUUGUCUCCCGGAAAGACCAGCUGUUUACUCAUUUAUAGCGACGUGGUGCCCGAACUGGGGCAAAAUGUAACAUAACGCAAACAAAUAAAGACUAAUAUGAU